CAACAGUUGUGUGCAGCGAUGCAGUUGAACAGGUUCUUGUUCCAAGGAAUAGAAAGCAGGUAGUUUGAUCACAUCACAAUAGUUUGAUCACAGAACACUAGUACAUUUAUCAGACUGCAGUGCCUCAAUAGGACUGAUUCAACCAGGGAUGAAGGUGACUCAGCUAGACUGUCUGUGUGUGAUUCUUCUAUAUCUCCUACACACAGCAGGCUCUGAGAAGUUUGAGGUUCUUGGUCCAACUGAUCCCAUUGUUGCUGUAGCUGGUGAUGACAUCAUUCUGCCCUGUUACCUCAAACCCAACAUCAGCGCUGAGGACAUGACAGUGGACUGGCUGAACCUGGACUUCUUAGACGGUCGUGUUUUUCGUUACCAAAACCACAGAAUCAUACGAGAGGAUCAGAUUCUCUUCUAUAGUGGAAGAACUUCACUGUUUCAAGAGGAACUGUGGAGGGGAAACACCUCUUUGAAACUGACCAGGGUACAAGGCACUGAUGAGGGACAUUACAAAUGUUUUAUUCAGUCAAAGAGCUGGUAUGAUGAUUUCACUAUUCAAGUCCUCGUUAAAGCUGUAGGAUCCAAGCCAGUGGUGUCCAUUGUGGGACACAGAGAGGGAGGGAUGGGUCUGCUGUGUGAAACAGAAGGCUGGCACCCUGAGCCUGAGCUGGUGUGGCUGGACAGUAAAGGAGUCCAUCUCUCUGCUCGAACUCUUGAGAUACGUAGAGACUUCAAGGGUUUCUACAGAGUCAAACAACAUGUCAUUGUCCAGGAGACUGACACCAACCACUUUACCUGCAGAGUCCAACAGAGCCAGAUAAAUGAUAACAUGGAGACAGAGAUUCACCUCCCUAGUGAGUUAUUUGAUCCAACCCCAUGGAAAUUAUCCUUGAUUGUCUUAUGCUGUCUGGGAGCCGUCACUGUGAUUGGAUUAUCUCUGGCUGUCUACUGCAUAUGCAAUAAGAAUGAUGACCUCACUGAGGAGCGAGAUUACCUCAAGAAGGAUAAUUAUAACAUCACUCGGAGGCUAGAUGACCACAAUGGGAAGCUAGAAAUACUGACUUCUCAGCUGGAUUUUGUGAACACAAACUGGAGUCCAGAUUUUGAAAUCAUCAGAAGACAUGCAGUGAAUGUGACUCUAGACCCUGAUUCUGCCAAUCGUACCCUCAUCCUGUCUGAUGACGGGAAACAAGUGAGACAUGGAGAACUAAAUCCUGUUCUCUCUGACAACAGGAAGAGGUUUACAAAUUGGUCCGUUGUCCUCGGAAAUGUGGGCUUCUCAAGGAAGUUCUACUAUGAGGUGAAAGUGGAGGGGAAGACUGAGUGGACUUUGGGAGUGGUCAGAAGGUCCAUCAAUAGGAAUGAGAGGUCUAGACCGAUCCCUUAUAAAGGAUACUGGACUGUGGAGCUAAAGAAUGGAAAGUACACAGCUCACGCUGAUUCCCCUGUCACCCUCUUACUGAGAGAGAAGCCCCUGAAAGUGGGGGUGUUUGUGGAUUAUGAGAAGGGACAGGUAUCCUUCUACAAUGUGGAGGCCAUGUCUCAUAUCUACUCUUUCACACGCUCCAAAUUUUCUAGGAAACUCUAUCCAUUCUUCAACCCUGGUGGAUCAGAUAGUAUUUCACUGGUCGUCUGUCCUGUAGAUGCCACUGACUGACUGUUUUAAAUCAAACAGGGCAGAUACAGUAUAAACAGCAGUAACUCCUAUUGAGAGACUUAAUGUACAUGAGAUCUUAGUUAAAGAUUUCCUGUCAAUCUUUGUUGUUGUUGUAGAGUGGGCCAGUUUAUUGUUUAUUGGAUUGGACAGAGAGGUAAAGGUAGGAAUGUUGACAGAGCAAUGGGUUGGAUUUGAACCCAUUCUGGUACUGGACCAUCCCAGACCACUGAUUUCUUGUUAAUGUUUGACUAAUCUUUGACGUUUCGUUCACCAAUCCCUUGGACUGUUCUGUCUUCAUGAGAGUGUGUUAUAUAUUUAUAUUUUUAUUCUCUGUGUUUUCUAAAAGUAUAGUGCUUUCUGUGGUGGUGGGGCAAGCCAGCAACAAAUACGGAGCGUUGUGCCGUGAUUGGCUCAGUGUUCUGUCUCUCAUGGGGACACUACGUCACCUCAAAGUCGAUGGGUAGACCUCCAAAAUUCUUGCCCUUUGGGUGCUGCCAUAGAGUUACAUUAGAAGUGCCCAUCCAAGAAGGCUCAAGGUCAUUGAUAAAAUGACGUCAAAUCAAGUUACAUGUACAGCAGCUUUGAUUGGACAGAUCAUGUCAACAUCAUUCUUUCAAAAUCUUAGCUGGCAGUCAAUAUCAUGAAUCAAGUCGACAAUCUACUGGCAAAUCCUUUUUAAUCCUUGUCAUAUGAAGAGAAAUAAUGGAGUGAAAUUAUAGAUAAACCGUAUCGGUGCUUAUCGGCCAUUGGACAUAAACAUUACACAACAAGUUAGAACUUGCAAAUUCAACAAUGAGUGGUUUGGAAGGAAGUGCUCACAGCACAACAAGGUGACUCCAAAAAUUUCUUGUAUGCUGCUGCAUAAAUGAUGUAAUAUACCAGGGAGAUAUGUAGAUUGUCGAUAAGAAAGUAAUACUAAGUGUAUGUUGUGUAGUAAGCUGUUAGUAGUCCAUGUUCCUCACGCUAAUCAUCUGGUCCCUUUUCUCGUUUUUGUAGAUUUCAAAAGUGCCUGACAAAUAGUUAUAUUGACAACAUCUGUCCUAGCUCGCUCAUUAAUGGCUUAAUCAAAAUUACGGAUUGUCUCUUAUCCGCUCGUCGUCCUCAUGAGAGCCAGUUUCAUCAUAGCGUUUGAUGGUUUUUGCGACUGCACUUGAAGAAACUUUCACAAAGUCCUUGAAAUUUUCCAAAUUGUAUAUUUGAGCUGUUCUUGCCAUAAUAUGGACUUUUACCAACUAAGGCUAUCUUCUGUAUACCACCCCUACCUUGUCACAGCACAACUGAUUGGCUCAAACGCAUUAAAAAGGAAAGAAAUUCCACAAAUGAACUUUUAUCAAGGCACACCUGGUAAUUGAAAUGCAUUCUAGGUGACUACUUCAUGAAGCUGGUUGAGAGAAGGCCAAGAGUGUGCAAAGCUGUCAUCAAGGCAAAGGGUGGCUUCUUUGAAGAAUCUCAAAUAUAAAAUAUAUUUUGAUAUAUUUUUUGGUAACUACAUGAUUCCAUAUGUGUUAUUUCAUAGUUCUGAUGUCUUCACUAGGAAAGAGUAAAAAUAAAGAUAAACCCUUGAAUGAG